AUGGAUAUCGUUCUGGGGAUAGCUGUGACGCUUGUAGUAGCGAUAGCAGUACAACUAAUACUAGUAUGGAGAAAGAAAAGGAUGUUCGCUAAAAUGAUGCAUCGCCAUCUGAAGAAAGGUCUAUUCAGUAUCGAGGAAUACCAGGAAUAUGCUAGAAAGCGCCUCCCACGGUCAACCUUUGAUUAUUUCACUGAUGGGGCUGGUAAUCAAAGUACUCAACAAGAUAAUGAGACCGCUUUCAAGAGAUAUCGUCUGCGUCAGAGAGUAUUAAAGAACAUCGCCGCUCCAGACAUGUCAACAACGCUCCUUGACAGUCACGUGACGCUUCCGAUAGGACUCGGACCCGUUCUCAGAAAAAGUUGGGCGUGGCCGAAGGGUGACUUGUGCUCUGCCAGGGCUGCCGGUGAAUAUGGUAUUUGCGAGAUCGUUCCAUGCUACUCUGAGCAAAGCUUGGAGGAAAUUGCCAGAGUUAACACCGAAAGUAUUAAAUGGUUACAGAUCUACUUGUCCAAACAAGCCUAUCAUAAAGAGCUGAUACGACGCGCAGAGGCUGCUGGGUACAAGGCAAUUGUAGUGACGGUUGACGGUCACUGGAAACGCAUCGUGUAUUCUGAUUGGCGGAAUAUGAUAUUCAAACACAUGUUGAAAACAACCCAUGGCAAUUUUAACGGAGAUAAUUUCAUUAAAGCUUACAGUCAGCACGUGGUAGAGCAUGCGAGUUGGGACGACAUACAAGAAGUGACCAAGAUUACAAAUUUACCCAUAAUUCUAAAGGGCAUAAUGGAACCAGAAGAUGCGUUAUUGGCAAUCAAAUAUGGCGCAAAGGCCAUUAUCGUAUCUAACCAUGGCGGACGUAUGAUGGAUUCGUUACCAGGGGCAUUGGACGUAUUACCAAAUAUAGUGAAAGCUGUCAAUGGUGAAAUAGAAGUGUAUCUAGAUGGAGGUGUACGAUAUGGUGGUGAUAUCCUCAAAGCCUUGGCGUUGGGUGCUAAAGCCUGUUUCAUAGGUAGACCAUUGCUAUAUGGACUAAGUUACCAGGGAGAGGAAGGUGUAAAACAAGUGCUAAAUCUCUUGAAAGAGGAUUUGGAGCGAGCUAUGUUGUGUACAGGUUGCAAGUCGAUUUCACAGAUCGGACCAUCAGUAAUAUCGGAAUACCAACUAGCGUGUUGCCAUAGCAAUUCAGCUGAUC